AUGUCACCCAAUCCUGACGCCUCUGAGGUCGAGCUGAAAUUUAGGGAAGGUCAAAUUAUUAAGAUCUACGGCAAGAAAGAUGAAGAUGGUUUCUUCGUCGGAGAGGCCGGUGGUAGGAGGGGGUUGGUGCCGUGCAACAUGGUGUCAGAAGUUCAAGUGGAUGACCCCAUCGUUGUCGAUGAAUUGCUGCAGGAGAGCAAGCGCCAGAUCAACUGCAGUGUCCUCCGUGCGAACAGUGAAUUCUCAAGUAGAGCUCCGAGCGUGGACGUGCAGAUGGCGGUAGCGUUGUAUGAUUACAAUCCACACGAACUCUCACCCAACGAUGAUGUGGAGCAAGAACUCUCCUUCAGGAAGGGUGAUCUGAUAGGAAUCGUCGGUGACGUCGAUGAUGAUGGCUUCUAUUAUGGCCGGUUGAACGAUCGCAGUGGCCUAGUUCCUUCUAACUUCAUUCGUCCUCUCGUCAAUCAAACAAAUGUCUAA